AUGGCAAUUAAACUAAGUAGAAGAAGAACACUUAGAAAAGUAAGCAGAAGAACGAAGAGCAAUAAACAUAAAUAUGUAGAUUUGGAAAAACAAAUAAGAGAUAGGAAUUUGCGUUCUGUCUGGGACAACAAAAAAACCAUUAACCAGAAUUUUAAAGUAAGUUAUCAUCCAGAAGUUAUAUUGAAUACUUUACCCCCAGCUUUUCAAGAUAAUUCAAUUCCAGAGAGACUUGGAGAAAGAGAGCAAAUUAUAAUGAAAAGACUAUACACUAAAUAUAAAGAAAAUACCGAUUUAAUGGCUAAGGAUAUCAAGCUGAACCCUUAUCAGUGGAAUUCCAAUCAAUGCAGUAAAAAAUUAAAAAUUUACAUGAGAAUGUCUGAUAUAACUAAUAACAAACUGUAA